UGUAGAAGUAGCAUCUCCAUUUUGAAGUUGUCCCCGUGGAUGACCAAAGGAAAAGGUCAAUUGUAUUUUUCUAUUUUUUUUUUCUUGAUCACUGAUCGGUACUUGAUGAUUUGGAGGAGAGAUGAAGAUACCAGGGCCAGGUAUGAUGAAGCCUUGCCUCUUUAGUAGGUGUCGGAUGGUUGAUUGGCUUUUAAGACAAGCGAAAUCAUUUAGUAGGAAAAGAAAAGGAGAGAGAAUAUCAGGCCGACUCUUUCUUCCUCCUACCGAGGUCUAUUUUUGGCCCAAGCCAUGACCACUGACCAGACCAUGAGGCAAAAAUGAGAUAUCAUUAUUCGUCUUAAAGAUUCAACACAGAUCAGAUCGACAUAGCCGUGCUGUUGCUGUUGCUGCUGGUGCUGGCAGUGAAGAACAAAUAAUCAAGUUUUAUGGUCUGUGGAAGCAGAAACAUGGGGGUCAGAUCUCGAGCUUUUUAGACAACAAACCGAACGCUUAAACAGUUGUAGAAUAGCUUCAUCGAGUUUCCUACGAAAGUCGGCAAGUGUGGCCAUGUCCCCCGUGCAAACGCUGCUACUUUUCACUUUCUUCUACGCUGGAAUCGACACAGCCGGUUCUUUUACUGAUCCCCACGAUUGAAAUAUACAAAAGCAGGGGAAGGAUUUGUUGAGCAAUUGAUCCAACUUUUAAAACCAUCUUUCUGAUCAUUUCCUAAUUGAUGAGCUUUGGCACGUUGUUGGUGCAGCUGCGGCGCUAGAAUCCCUGAAAAACGAAUGGCAAAACACACCACCAAGCUGGGGAGCAUCAAAUGAUCCGUGUGGAACUCCCUGGGAAGGAGUGGCCUGCAACAAUUCAAGAGUCACUGCACUGAGAUUAUCAACUAUGGGCCUAAAAGGUAAACUUGGUGGUGACAUUGGAGGGCUGAAAGAACUAAAAUCAUUGGACCUUUCGUUCAAUAAAGAUCUCACUGGUUCAAUCUCUCCAGCAUUAGGGGAUCUACAGAGUUUGAGUAUCUUGAUCCUGGCUGGAUGUGGCUUCAGUGGCAGUAUUCCUGAAGAACUGGGCAAUCUUUCUAAUCUAUCCUUCUUGGCUUUAAACUCUAACAACUUCACUGGUACCAUACCGCCAUCUCUGGGAAAACUCUCCAAUCUCUAUUGGCUGGACCUGGCAGAUAAUCAAUUGACAGGUAGUCUCCCAGUCUCGACUUCCGAAUCUCCGGGUUUGGACCUCCUUCUGAAGGCUAAACACUUUCAUUUCAACAAAAACCAGUUGUCGGGUUCCAUUUCACCUAAACUAUUUAGCUCUGAAAUGGUAUUGAUACAUAUAUUAUUUGAUGGAAAUAAAUUUUCUGGGAAUAUCCCACCAACACUGGGACUUGUUAAGACCCUUGAGGUUCUUCGACUUGAUCGGAAUUCUCUGACAGGAACUGUCCCAUCAAAUCUGAACAACCUAACAAAUAUCAAUGAAUUGAAUUUAGCCAACAAUAAGUUGACGGGUCCACUGCCAAACUUAACUCUAAUGAGCUCACUAAAUUACGUGGACCUUAGUAACAACUCAUUUGAUUCAUCGGAAGCUCCAGAAUGGUUCUCAAAUCUACAAUCUCUCACCACUCUGGUCGUUGAAUUUGGGUCAAUGCGAGGAUCUGUGCCACAAGGAGUAUUUAGCUUACCACAAAUACAACAAAUAAAACUGAAGAAUAAUGCAUUUAGUGACACGCUUGAUAUGGGUGACAAUGUCAGAGAACAGUUGCAGCUCGUUGAUUUGCAAAAUAACAAUAUUUCCCAUUUUACCCUUGGUUCAAGAUAUACCAAAACUUUGAUGCUUAUAGGGAAUCCUGUGUGUGGCACUGAUGCUACCCUCUCAAAUACGAACUACUGCCAAGUUCAAAAUCAACUGGUGAAACCCUAUUCUACCAGCCUUGCCAGCUGUUUAAGUAAGUCAUGUCCUCCAGAUGAGAAGUUAAGUCCUCAGAGUUGUGAAUGUGCCUAUCCAUUUGAAGGGACUUUAUACUUUAGAGCACCCUCGUUCAGGGAAUUGUCCAAUGUGACAUUGUUUCAUUCAUUGGAAAUGAGCCUUUGGAAAAAACUAGACCUUACGCCUGGUUCAGUUUUUAUUCAAAACCCUUUCUUCAAUGUUGAUGAUUAUCUUCAGAUGCAACUUGCACUUUUUCCACCAGACGGAAAAUAUUUUAACAGGUCAGAUAUUCAGAGGAUUGGGUUUGACUUGAGUAAUCAAACCUACAAACCUCCACGAGAAUUUGGGCCAUUUUAUUUCAUCGCAUCUCCCUACGGUUUUGCAGGCACGGCUGGGGGAACUUCAAUCAGCCCUAGAGUGAUAAUUGGGGUAGCUAUUGGUUGUGCCUUCCUCGUUCUAGGCCUCAUUGGAGUUGGAAUAUAUGCAAUUCGGCAAAAGAAACGUGCAGAAAAAGCCAUCGGGUUGAGUCGGCCAUUUGCUUCUUGGGCACCAAGUGGCAAUGAUAGUGGAGGUGCACCACAAUUGAAGGGAGCCCGAUGGUUUUCUUAUGAUGAACUUAAAAAAUGCACAAAUAAUUUCUCCAUGAGCAAUGAGGUAGGAUCUGGAGGAUAUGGCAAGGUAUAUAGAGGAAUGCUUGUGGAUGGACAGGCAGUUGCGAUCAAAAGAGCUCAGCAAGGAUCAAUGCAGGGUGGUCUUGAGUUCAAGACGGAAAUCGAACUGCUUUCACGAGUUCAUCACAAGAACCUUCUUGGCCUCGUGGGAUUUUGUUUUGAACAAGGAGAACAGAUGCUUGUUUAUGAAUUUAUGCCUAAUGGAACACUGAGGGAUAGCCUAUCUGGAAAAUCUGGUAUCAAUCUUGAUUGGAAGAGAAGACUUCGUAUUGCGCUUGGGUCUGCCAGAGGAUUGACGUACUUGCAUGAACUUGCUAAUCCUCCCAUAAUCCAUAGAGACGUUAAGUCCACCAAUAUUCUAUUGGAUGAACAUUUAAAUGCAAAAGUUGCAGAUUUUGGCUUAUCCAAGCUUGUCUCAGACAGCGAAAAGGGACACGUUUCUACUCAAGUUAAAGGAACAUUGGGUUAUUUGGAUCCUGAAUACUACAUGACUCAACAACUGACAGAAAAAAGUGAUGUAUAUAGCUUUGGAGUCGUGAUGUUGGAAUUAUUGACGGCUAAGCUGCCUAUCGAGAAAGGAAAGUAUGUAGUUCGUGAGGUGCGUAUGUUGAUGAAUAAAAGUGAAGAAGAAUAUUAUGGUCUGAAGCAGAUAAUGGAUGUAACCAUAAUAAACAAUACCACGAACAUUAUUGGGCUUGGAAGGUUCUUGGAGUUGGCCAUGCAAUGCGUUGAAGAAUCAGCUGUAGAGCGUCCCACAAUGAGUGAAGUGGUCAAGGCAAUUGAGAGUAUUUUGCAGAAUGAUGGAAUUAAUACGAACACAACAUCUGCAUCCUCGUCUGCCACUGAGUUUGGGGCUUCCAAAACCGCUCCUAGGCAUCCCUAUAAUGAUCCUAUACCAAAAAAGGAUGCUAAUGACAGCAAUUCUUUUGAUUACAGUGGUGGAUACACUCUUUCGACAAAAGUGGAGCCCAAAUAGAAAUGUUUUUCCUUUCCAGGAAAGACUCUCCUUCCCCUCAACUCCUUUGGUUAUAAGGAGAUGGAAACUUGUAGAAUUGUAACUAUUUUAUGCAGUUCAGGAUUUUUUUUCAUGAAUGCAUUUCCAGAUGUUGGUUAUGCAUUCAAACAUCAUUCUCAUAUUGUCGGAUUGUCAAUUGGCAUGUUACUGGAGUAGUGAAUAUUAGCAUCUAGAUCUUUGAUUACUAGGAUUCUUCUUUUUAUUUAUUUUUGUUCAUCUGCAAUGCCUUCAAUCAUACAAAAGUUAAUUCGACUGUAA